AUGGAAUCCAAUCGACGUUUCGAAAAGCCACAGGACUCGUGGCCUACUCACGCAAAUCGUCCCUCUGUCAAACCGAGGGUCAUAUCCGCUCGAUUCAUUACUGGAACUAACAAGCGUAAAGAAGAAAACGAGAAGAAGCAAGAUGCAGUCUGUGACGGGACAUUACCUACCGAUAUCCAACCUGACUACCAUCCAAUUUUUGAUGAACCCGAGAACCUGGUGACAGCAAGCGAUGUCAGCUCAUCAAUGUUCUCCGACGACGUUCAAACUGGGAUAGAUGCACCAGAGGUUGCCAGAGAUUUUGCGACGGGAAAGGAAACCAAGAUACGCGUCAUCGGUAAGCAUGGGGUGGAAGUGGGAAUCGUCCGAAGGAUGUGCGAAUGUAAGUUGAAUACAUUGUGGAGAUCACCAGAACGAUUCUUGUAUUUUAACAACUAUAAUUUCAGAUUUCGAAAAUUUGCCUCGCGAGAGGCGUUCGUAGGCAGAAGAUGGAAACCACGUGAUCAUGCUGCAUGUAAAAAAAGAUAUUUUGAUAUGCAGGUUACUAAAUACAAAUGA